GUUUUUUUUGUUUUUUUAAAGAGAUAUUGUGAAACUCAAUUAUUUAGGAGUACGAAACAUUGAUAUUUUUCACAAAUUGAGUUUUGAGUCUUCUGACUACUGACUGAGGAGUGACGAGUAACAUUUAUGAAUCCAAAUAAUACUGCUAAGCGGCUAAAACCAUUCUGGCUGAAGAUAUUUGAUUGAUUAUCAUUUUAUUCUGAAACAAAAACCAUGACAGGAAACAUUGCUAAGAAGGGUUUGCAACGGUAUUUGUCCCAGCUUCAACGCCAUCCCUUAAGAACUAAGGCUAUUACUGCUGGGGUUUUGUCUGCAAUUAGUGACAUAACUUCUCAGAAACUUUCUGGCAUUCAAAAGCUUCAAAUCCGCCGCGUUUUGCUUAAAGUGCUUUUUGGAUUUGCUUAUCUUGGACCAUUUGGGCACUUUUUUCAUAUGCUGCUUGAUAAGUUUUUCAAGGGAAAGAGGGAUCCAAAGACGGUUGCUAAGAAGGUUCUUGUAGAACAAUUGACCGUUUCUCCGUUGAACAACAUACUUUUUAUGAUAUAUUAUGGAUGGAUUGUAGAGGGACGGCCAUUUACCCAGGUCAGAAGUAGAAUCAGAAAAGAUUACCCAUCAGUUCAGUUGACAGCAUGGACGUUUUGGCCGGUUUUUGGAUGGAUAAACCACCAGUAUAUGCCAUUGCAUUUACGUGUGGUCUUCCAGAGCAUGGUUGCGUUUUGCUGGGGUAUAUUUUUGAACUUACGAGCAAGAUCUAUGCUUCUCACCAAAACUUGACCGAGCGAUAGAGCGUGCAGCACAUCGUCCUGAAUGAUCAGUGCGGGUGAAGUCAAAGCUAUCCUAUUAGUAUGUUUUGUAUUUUAAUGAUUCCUAAUUCUGAAAAUGUAGCAUCUUACGCAAUUUCUCGUUUGCUACAUUAACCCUUAGAAACUCUUCUUGUAUCGUAAUUCGAUAAAAGCUAUCAUUAUUAUUUGAAUGUGAAGCAUUGUAAGGAUCUUUACGGAAAUUAGGACUGUUUGCUUUGCUCUAAUUGAAGCUGCUUA